GGUCUUCCUUGACAGCGCGCAGGCGUAGUGCUGUGGCUACAGUGUAGCAGGCUACAAAUCGAAUCAAUCACUAGUCUACGCGACUCCGCCCAUAAAGGAAUGAAUGAAACUGUACACGGGGAUACCGGUAGGAUAUAUUCGUGACAUCAAUGUUAGUCCGUUUCAACAUCAAAUUAAUCAAUUGUCCUGAAGCAUGCAAGAGGAAACGGGCGACAUGGCCAGGCCUGUUGAACCAGGGCAUUUCUCAACAUGCGAAGCCCGGUUGGACAAGCACAUUGCGGGCCUUUGCAGUGUCGAUUUCCCGGUAGCUGUGGUUCUUCCAGCCGGUGGCAGUGGAGAAAGAACCGGGCUAUUGACACCCAAACAGUUCUGCACGUUUCUCAACAGACCUCUGAUAAGCUACACAAUUCAAACUUUCGAGAGUGCCAUGGAGCCAAAGCAUCGUUGUGGUGGUUGCCAAGGAGAGCUUAGAUUUGAUGAUGGACAUUAUCCACCGCUUCCACCACAGAAAUGUCCUAGUGGUACAUGGCGGAUCUACUCGCCACAGAUCUAUAUUCAAUGGGGUCCGCGCCCUCAGUGAGGGAGAGGAUGGUACGGCCCGCGUCAAACCAAAGGUGGUCAGCAUUCAUGAUGCAGUGAGUCCCUUUGUGGAAGAGGACUUCCUCCUGAAGAUAACAAUGGCUGCCAAAGAGCAAGGGGCUGCUGGGGCUAUCCGACCUCUGGUUUCCACAGUGAUUGCUACCACAUUGGAGGGCUACCUGGACCAUUCUCUGGAGAGAACCAUGUACAGAGCCAGUGAGAUGCCCCAGUGAUUCAUCUAUGAUGUCAUCUACCAGGCUUAUCAGAGGUGCAGCGAGUCGGACUUUGAGCCUUCAUCUGGCUCUGCAGUACUGCGGCACCAGUGCCAAGCUCAUCAAGGGCCCGCCAACCCUGUGGAAGGUGACCUACAAAGGAGAUUUGGCUGCAGCAGAGUCCAUUGUCAAAGAGACUCUCUCCCAGUCGGUCUGUGUUGUCACAGGUGGGUCUGCACAGGCUACAGAGCUAGCCAACGCUCUGCAGAGGCGCAUGAGCGCUUUGGACAUGGCUUCUUUGUACCCUUUAUCAUUCUGCCAGCUCGGAGAGACAAAGAGAGUCCAGCAGUGGUUCCCUGUCUCUUUCAUUUGUUCUAAUGAGCAAUCCAGCCAUGGAGAGAAUUUAGCUUAAGAUCAAUGGUGUUCAACUCUAGUCCUGGAGUUACGUAAUGUAUGCUGGUUUUGUCCUUGCUUUUUAAUCAGGGACUAAUUUAUUAUUGGGUAACCAGGUGUGUGGACUGAGACUCUCCGGUUGAAAUGAAUUGAUUAAGUGCCAGGGAGAAAUUCAUUCCUGCAUGGAAAACCCUCUUGGACUGUAGUAUAUUGGACUGGAUUCCAAUAUAAUUUAACAGCAUUAACUAACAUCAUAAUUUGGUUUAUUUAACAUUUUAAUAAAGUAUUUCUGUAAAAUGUUUCUUUGUAUCUUUCUUCAAGGAGGUGGAUGUGAUCUCAGACUUGAUAGGAGACGAUGCCAAAUCUCUGUCAAAAGAGUGAAACUUCAUUCAAGUUUCUGUGAACAGUUCUUGCUUGUCUGAAGUUGGAAAACCGCUGAGUGUGUUGGAGGAGGUAGACCGCGCACUCCUGCAUCCAGUGGUCAUUAUUUGGGUGAGUUGAGUUCACAUGGGGAUAAAUGUGUGAAUAGAGCCUCAUGAAUUCCCAGUUGCCUUACCAACACUCUUGUUCUGGUACUGGAAAUUAGACUCUCUUCACUUCUCUGUGCUUGGGGCUCUUUGCUAUUUACUGUUCACUUUGCUUGUCGUGAGUUGGCCCUGUUGCUUUAAGGAUGGACUGUAAGCUUGCGAAGGCCAUGGAACCCUCUGAUGUUUGGGUAUCCCAGUAGCAAUCACACACAUUCAGAACAAGGUGAGUUAGCAGAGUUAACAGAGAACAUUGUGUAUGUGGGUGUUGUCUGUGCUUAGUGGACUUAGUGGACGUUUAUCAUGACUCAAUCAGGUUUCCCACACUGUGAAUGAACUUGUGUUGGGUGUUUUCUACAGCACACGUCUGGCCCGGGCAGGCUCUAGUUUCCUCAAGGUACAUGUACUACAUGGCCAGACAACCUUUUUCCUCUUGUAAAAUGUUCACUUUGCAGUCUACCUCUGGUCCCUCCGACGAAACGAUGUUGCUGUUUAGAAACCCUAUACACCCCCCCCCCUUCCCCGAGAGCACUUCACUCCUUUCACUUACCGUUUGGCUCGGUUCAGAUGUCAAUAUCAACCACAGAGCAACAUUAACUCAUGACAGCUCAAGUAGAACCCCCCGCGAAUUGAUCUAAUUGGAACCCAAAAUAAAUAUUUACGGUAUGAAGGGCCUAUUGACUUUUUGUGAUUUUACCUUUUCACCCCGGCAACAGCACAACUGCCAAAACAAAGUGAGGGGAAAAAGGUGCAGUGGGCUUGGGGAAGUUGCAUUCUGUUUUUUCUCUAAGCAAGUCUUUACGUCUUCAAAACAACUCGGUUUUAAUCAUUGCAAAGGCCAUACAGGAUAACUUGAUUAAACCGCUCGCCUUGAUUUGUGUUGUAAGGCCUUGUUAGGUCUUCAGUGAACCUCUGUGCACGCAAGUACACACACACACACACACACACACACACACACACACACACACACACACACACACACACACACACACACACACACACACACACACACACACACACACACACACACACACACACAAACACACAAACAAACAAACAAACAAACAAACAAACAAACAAAACAAAAAACAGCUCCUCUCCAGCGGUAUGGAGCUAGGUUCCAGGCUGCAUUAGGGUGGGAGCAACGCUCUCCACCACACCAGAGUAAAUGCAUCUGUGUCUGAGUUUUCCCCACAGCUCUUACUGUGGACCAGAUGCCCUUUUCACAAGUAGAGAACCCUAGGACUCCCUAGAUCCAGCACCUUAUUGAAAAUACAUUUACUCCCAGCCUAAGUCGAUUUCAUGGCAGCUUAAGGUUGUCCUACAUUGAACAUCAGCAUCAUGGGAAGGCUUAUAUCCAAACAGAGUUAGUGAGGUGGGAGGCUGAAUUCAAAACAAGAGUUGCCUCACAUAGCGAUCUAAGAAUUUCCCCGUCUUAAGCGAGGAUGCAAAAUCAACAGUGAGGGAGAGGGAUAUCUGGGUGGCGUUAGAUGGCACACGUUGUUCUUUCUUGAUGACAGCGUUUCCCAAACUCGGUUCUCGAGGACCCAAGGGGCGCACCUUUUGGUUUUUACCCUAACACUAAACAGCUGAUUCAAAUGAUCAAAAGUGGAUGAUUAGUUGAUUAUUUGAAUCAGCUGUGUAGUGCUAGGGCAAUAAAACAAAACGUGCACCUCUUGAGGACCGAGUUUGGGAAACCCUGGCUUAGUCUGUAGCAUUAAACAAUGACCUAGCAAUCAGAGUGGGAGAUAAUAGAGUUUCACAGACAGAGUGCGUGGCAAUCGAUUCAGUAUGUGCCUGGUAAUGAUCCCGUCUAGACUUAAGCCAAACUGGCACCUUCUACUACAGCAAAACAAAUCAAUAAUAUCACUUAUUUGAAUUGAAACAGAUGUUGAUAGACGACAAGUGACUUACUUGACUUAUUCAAGAAAUACUUGACUCAUAGUCAUAUAAUGAUGUAUAAUAGGUUUAUAACAGAUUAAUGAACACAUUUGACACUGAGCUUACAACACAAAUCCUGUAUAAGAAGACAUAAUUGGAGUGAAUUCACCCUGUCGAGUGUCAGUCAACAGCCCAAUUAGAAAUAGACGUUUAGCACCAGCAUGCUUUCCCAUCCCAUGCAUGACACAUUAAGUGACUCAUCAAAGCUGGUUUAUGCUGUCUUAAUGUGGGCCCAUCUAUCUAAAUAAACACCAUGAGGCCUUUCCACCUGAACCAGAGGGAUUACUACCUCCAGAGUCCUAUCCAACGUGUGUUUACCCCGAACACCACAACACACUCCUCCAAUAUCCCUCCCAAACGAGGACCUUUAAAUAAACAUGCUUGUUCAGUCGCAGCAUGUCUUUCUUCCAAGUGUUUGAACAAUGUGCUUUAAUUGAUCCAAGGUUUAAUCAUUCUCUAAGUCUCUGUAAGAGAUUGUCAUUAUUGGCAGGAGAUGCAUGUCUGACUGGGUGUGGCGGGGCUUCUUUUGAUAGGUGUAUUUGAACGUGUCGGGGGGACGAUUCGUCCGCCAGCGAGCCGAUGGGAGGAGAGCCGGCGGCCAUGAUGGAGCUCGCCACAGGAACCAAGCUCGGAAAUAUUUUAGUCUAUGGCAUCCAGCUUUAUCACUCAAAGGGCUGUGUGUUUGCAUGCGAUGGAUCACACGCUCUUUGGCUGCCUCCGCAGCCCCCAUGCCACUGUGCAGGCCCUGCACCCUGCCUUCACCCAGUCUCCGCUGACUCUCCACGGACGCACGGAUCACGUCUCCUACCCUGACCUGGCCUCUUCCACUGCCACCUCCUCCCCUUCGGCCUGCAUCAUCUCUGGCUAUCCCGGUGAUGAGGGCCUGUUCGGCGGGCAUCACCACCAUCACCGUGGGCAUCUCCCGGCACAGCAACAGCAGCAUCACCCGCCUCAGCACCAGGCCGGCUGGCACAUUCCACAGAUGCCCUCUCCUGGCAAUGCGAGCUCCCGGCACAAUCUCUGCCACCCCCACCCCCACUCUCACUCGGCCCAGGACAGUGCCCUCGCACCCCCAGACCUAGGCACCCCUGGCAGGAACAGUCUCUGUGCCAGCACCCCCAACCUGGGCAGCAGCACCCCCACGGGGGCCAACUGUGUGCCUGCAGACUUUGGAAGACAGACACUGUCACCUGCUGAGGCAGAGAAGAGAAAUGGCAAGAGGAAAAGUGACAGCUCAGAGUCCCAAGACGGGAAUUACAAGUCAGAUGUGAGCAGCAAACCCAGGAAGGAGCGGACGGCGUUCACCAAGGAGCAAAUCCGUGAGCUGGAGGCCGAGUUCGCCCAUCACAACUAUCUGACGAGACUGAGGCGCUAUGAGAUAGCAGUCAACCUCGAUCUCACAGAGAGACAAGUAAAGGUGUGGUUCCAGAACAGGAGGAUGAAGUGGAAACGAGUAAAAGGAGGUCAACAGGGGGCUGUAGCGAGGGAAAAGGAACCGGUGAACGUGAAAAAGGGGACAUUGCUGCCAUCCGAAUUCUCCAGCUUAGCGGCUCUUCAUCACUCCACAGACUCCCUGGCCAAUGAGGACAGUCAUGAAAGCGACCAGAGUUCUGAGCAUGCUCACUUAUGAUGCACAGCAGCAGGCCACUCCUACGCAAAGUGGGUUCAGCCUCACAUCUCAGGAACGUCCUUGAAAGGACAUGUUAUCUGGUCGUCGUUAGCAAAGUUCAACGAUGCUAAAUAAAUGUGUACAAAUGUACAAAGAAAUGACGUGUGUUACUUGAUCUAAGAAGAUACAUGUUAGGACGUUGGUUAAACCAAACUAAGAUCACCAAUACGUUUCAAGAACUGCGAACCCAACGCAGGAAUAUGAGAUAUUGCAAAAGGUCAAUGCACAUUAAGCAUACGUUACGAACGUGCCUCCACUCAACACUGCUCUUGGAAGCAGAAAAUAUUCUUUGAAUAUUAGGACAGAUUCAGAAUUGGCCGAAUUGUUAUGAACAUUCCAUGUUGUGUGUCUUACAUUGAAAAAGGGGCAAGUUCAUGCUUUUGAUUUGCACUGUUGAACACUUGCCUCAAUUGGUUUCCACUGUAUGUCAUAAAAAUUGCGAUGUAAUCGAAUUAUUAUCAAGUGUGCAGGAGAAUCAAAUUUGCUCAGCUAAUAUACAGUAUACUCUGAACUUAAUUAUCUGUAAUUUUCUUACCUUCGCUCUAGCAAUAAUUUCUAAUACACACUAUACCACUCACACAGUAAUAAACAUUUCUGAUGUUUCUUAGUGAU